AAAGAAAUUAGAUUUUAGCUGUUAUUUUUCCGAGUCACCUGAACAAUAUUAGAUAACAAUAACAAUAUAUGAUCUGUUUUGAAUUUCUCUAUUGAAGGAAGAAAAUGUCAUCUUUGACUUUGGUGUCUUUAACCGAAGAGUGGAUUAUAAAGAAAUUGGGAUUAAACCGUCAACGCGUUGGAGAUGUCCGCUCACUGAGUAUCCCUGGUAACCACAAGGAGAAAAUUGGAUAUCUGGCAAAUGGACUGUACAAUUUUGAGCGUCUAAAAUCUCUGAAUCUUUCACAUAAUUCAUUAGUCUGCAUUGAGGGUCUGCAAUGUCUGAAACAUUUACAGAGCCUAAAUUUAUACUAUAACUGCAUACCUUCCCUGGAAGAGGUAAUGGUUCUCUUUGAGCUGCCACUUUUGAGAUAUCUUGAUCUGAGACUCAAUCCUCUGGGUAGGACUGACCCUUACUACCGACCUUUUUUGGUGCAUAACAUGAUCAGUCUGCGGAAUUUAGAUGGAUAUGCGGUCAAAGACGAUGAGCGCAAGUCUGCCAAGAGGAAGUAUUCUCAUCUAAGAAGUCGUGAUAACCGCCAGGCGUUAUUGGAUCACCUCAACAUGAAGCUCUCCCAAAUGAAUGAGACUAAUCUCAUUAAACUGAACCACUUUGCUGCCAAUCACAGAAGCCGCAUUCACUCGUCAUCUCAUCAGAAGCCCCUGACCAAACCGGCAGCUUUGGCACGAACAGAAAACAAGCUGGCACAAGCAGAAAACAAGCAGCAGGGUAGUUACAGGAAGCCCUUGCAGGAGCUACUGGACAUCAUGGACAAACACUGGGUGGGAGAGAAAACUCUGGAACUUAACACCAACUUCCUGACUCAAAUUGUCCAGAUCCUCUCCAUGAUGGAAAACCACAUCACUUCCCAGGAUGCUGAGGUCAAGACCUUAAAAGAGGAAAUGGGCGAGUUGUGUAAUUUUGCGAAUGUACAAGAGAAAGAACACAAAGCUGAAGUGAACAAGUUCAUUGCUGAUUUGGAAGAACUCAACGCCCAGCUCAGAAUGGCCAUGGAGGAGAACGUCGCUCUUCGAAAAGAUUUGUUGAAGUUCGAAAAAUUGCAACACAAACGCCAAUGGCGGAGCAACCUGUCACUUGCCCCACCAAAAAGGCUUGAAGAAAGGUGGAAGAGCUGAAGGAGGAGUCGGAAGAUCUGAGGAGAAAAAUGAAUAUCCUCCACCAUCUUUGUUUUGCCGAUAAAAU